AUGUAGCAAAGAUCAAGAUUAAAAGAGUCUACAGAAGGAAUAAUCUCUUAAUUUGGUAAUAAGAUAGGUGGUCCUUUUAAGAUAGGAAAGCCUAUAUUCUAAGAGAAGAGAUUAAAAUUAUUUACAGAAAUUUAUCAACGUCAAUAGACAGAAUUAAAACAAUUUGAAUAGACAUCUAUAAAGAUUAUACUCAAGGGUGGAUAACAAGUUGAAGGUUAUAUAUGUAUAAUAAAUAUUAAGGUAAAAAAUGGGUAACAACACCUCUCUAAAUUGCUUAAGGAAUAAGCAAGAAAUUAGCUGAAAAUAUAAUUGUUGCAAAAGUAAUCUAUGAAAUUAUAUUUGAAAAAAGUAUUGAUAAUAAAAUAGAAUAGGUUUGGUGGAUGUUGAUCAUGAAGAGGCAUCUAGCCAAGCAUCAUCAACAUUAAGUUUUUAACCUGAUAAUUUAAUAUGGGAUUUAACAAGACCAUUAGAAGGAGAUUGUAGUUUAGAAUUUUUAUCAUUUGAUGAUAAAAUUGGACGAGAAGUAUUUUGGCAUUCAUCUGCUCAUAUUCUUGGAUGUGCAUUAGAAGAAGUUUAUGGAUGUCAUUUAUGUAUUGGUCCAGCAAUAGAAUAAGGAUUCUUUUAUGAUUGUUACAUAGGUGAUAUUAAGGUUACAUAAAAUGAUUAUGUGAAAAUAGAAAAGGCUGCAUAAGAUUUAGUUUCUUCUAAAUAAUAAUUUUAGAGAGUUAUUUUAACAAAAGAUGAAUGGUAAAUAGAUAUUUUAUAUAAUUUAGUCUUGAGAUUUUUGGUAGCAAUCCUUUUAAGAGAUAAUUAAUUACUAAUAAAAUACCAAAUGGAUCUUUGACUACAGCUUACAGAUGUGGAAAUCUAAUAGAUUUAUGUACUGGUCCUCAUUUACCUAAUACAAGUUAUGUAAAGGCAUUUUCAAUAACAAAAAAUUCUGCAGCAUAUUGGUUAGGGAAAAACAAUAAUGAUAAUUUACAAAGAGUAUAUGGCAUUUCAUUUCCAAAUAAAAAAUUAUUGAAUGAAUAUAUUUAAAUAUAAAAGGAAUUAGUUUAGAGAUAUCAUAGCAAUAUUGGAAAGAAAUAAAAUUUAUUUUUAUUCCAUUAAUUAUCUCCUGGAUCAGCAUUUUUCUAUCCUAAUGGUGCUCAUAUUUAUAAUACAUUAAUUAAUUUUUUGAGAAGAUAAUAUUAUAUACGAGGAUAUUAAGAGGUGAUUUCUCCUAAUAUUUUUAAUGUUUAAUUAUGGAAAAUAAGUGGUCAUUAUGAAAAAUAUAAAGAGAAUCUAUUUUUUAUAAAUAUGGGAGAAGAAGGAGAGUAUGGAUUAAAACCAAUGAAUUGUCCUGGACAUUGUUUGAUGUUUGAUAUGAUUUAACAUAGUUAUAGAGAUUUACCAAUAAGAUAUGCAGAUUUUGGAGUUUUACAUAGAAAUGAAGUACAUGGAGCAUUAAGUGGUUUAACUAGAGUACGUAGAUUUUAAUAGGAUGAUGCUCAUAUUUUCUGUAGGAUGGAUUAAAUUUAAGAUGAAAUUAAAAAUUGUCUAGAUUUUUUAAGUUAUAUUUAUUCAUUAUUCGAAUUUGAAUUCAAAUUAUAUUUAAGUACUCGUCCUGAAAAGUUUUUGGGAACAAAGGAUGUAUGGGAUAAUGCUGAAUAUCAAUUAGAAUAAGGAUUAAAGAAAUUUGGAAAAUAGUAUGAAAUAAAUCAAGGUGAUGGAGCAUUUUAUGGACCUAAAAUAGAUGUUAAAUUAUAUGAUGUAUAUAAAAGAGAACAUUAAUGUGGUACUAUAUAAUUAGAUUUUAAUUUGCCUGAGAGAUUUAAUUUAUAAUAUAGAUCUAGUGAGGAUGUUCAUGAAGUAUAAUAAGAUAAGGAGACUGUUCAUAAUGAAUAAAUAUAAGUAGCUUAAGAAAUUAUAGAUAUUCAUAGAAAAGAAUCUCAUUAAUCAGAUUUUGGAGAUUGUAGUGAUCUCUUUAGCACUCCUCUUCUUAAAAAUCAAUAAUAAAAUGAUGAGCUAGGCGAAUUGUAAAUUCAAUCUAUUCAUUCUUUUAAAUCAGAUAAGAUGUAUGAGUAGUAAUAACAACAAUAUUAAUAAUUGUAACUAUAAUAACAUUAUUAUUCUGCUUCUAGUUUAUUACAUAAGAAGUAGAAAUUACCUGAAGAAUUACUAGAAUCUGGAUCAAGCUAAGGAUUAUCAAAUCAUGAAUUACAUAAAGUAUUACAUGGUAUUCAUAUAAAUUUUACUAUUCAAUAGAAAAAAAAUAUGAAUUAGGAUAUCAUCAUUUAAAACCAGGUUUUGCAAGACCUGUAAUUGUUCAUAGAGCUAUUUUAGGUUCAUUAGAAAGAAUGAUUGCAAUAUUAACAGAAUAAGGUGGUGGUAAAUGGCCCUUUUGGUUAUCACCCAAAUAAUUGAUUUUAUGUCCUAUUUCUUAAUACUAUAAGGAUAUUGCAAUAAAGAUUUCAGCUAGAUUGAGAUUAGAAGGUUAUACUGUUAAAACUGAUGUUUCCGAUAUGAAUAUAGCUAAAAAAAUUAGAAAUGCUUAAUCGCAAUACUUCAAUUAUACUGGAGUCAUAGGAGAAGAAGAAGUUCAUGCUGGUGUUAUAGAUAUUAGAGAUUGCUAUAAAAAUAUUAGAAUUGUACAUUUAAUAUCUAAUUUUAGGGUAAAUUAACAAUUCCAUAAUUAUGUAAAUUUUUUGAAUCUUUGAAACCUCCUAAAUCCAACAUUGAAAUUUAAAUUCAUUAACAUGAUAAUGCUCAUCUUAAAUUAAAUGAAGAAUUAUUAGAAAAAGUAUUUCUCAAUGGUGAUGGUUUCAUUGUAGGACCUAGAGACUAUGAAGAAUUUGCGAAAAUCAAAGAUAUUGAUCCAGCUUUAUAGAAUUUAAUUAGAUGGCAUAAACAUAUGACCUAUCUAACAAAGAAACAUGAAUCAAAUUUAUAAUAAGAAUGA